AUAAAAAGCACGGCCUACUCCAGUUCUCCCGACGGUGACCUUUUCGGCGGGUCUAGUUCAUCACUUCUUCUGUAAAACCAGCAAUUUGGCGCGCCCUUAAAUCCGAAAUCCGCUUUUUGCUGUAGGUGGACAGCAGAGAAACACGAGCGAUGAAACCGCACUCGGCUUGGAGUUACGCAAAGACUCCCGUCAAAUUCAAGAUUCCGACGGCUGACAAUCUGGUUCCUAUCCGUCUCGACAUUGAAAUCGACGGCCAGCGGCUCAGAGACGCUUUUAUUUGGAACCCUUCGGAUCCUGACACAGAGGUGGCGUUAUUUGCAAAAAGAACUGUAAAAGACCUGAAACUCCCCCCAGCUUUCGUCACACAGAUUGCUCAGUCCAUUCAAUCACAACUGGCAGAGUUUCGAUCAUAUGAGGGGCAGGAUAUGUUCACUGGAGAAAAAUUUGUUCCUAUAAAGCUUGAUCUUCGAGUUAAUCAUACCCUGGUAAAGGACCAGUUCCUGUGGGACUUGAAUAAUUUUGAGAGUGACCCAGAAGAAUUUGCAAGGAAUCUUUGCAAAGAUAUGGGAAUUGAAGACCCAGAAGUUGGACCUGCUAUUGCCAUUUCUAUCAGAGAACAGUUGUAUGAAAUUGCUGUACAAAGUGUUGCAUCAACAAGGGAAAUCAAAAUGCAUAAGAAGGGUCGCAGAGGAUUUGAACAUUUACCUGCAAGUAAGACAGCUGGAGCUGGAGUGGACGUGGUGAAGUUAUUUGGCAAUAAAAACAGUGUUGUCCGCAAAAGGAGGGAUUGGGAUGUCUAUGAACCUGUUAUUGAUCUCCUGUCAAAUGAGGAAUUGGAUGCCCUCCAGACCAGAGAAGAACGGAUUCCUCGCUAAUCUGGGAAAGAAAAUAAAAAUGAAAAUCAUGAAAAAUCAAAUUGAGGAUUCCUGCGCAUCAUAUCACACCCUAACGACUCUUCUCACUUCUCGUUAGAAAAGAGUUGUACUGUUGUUCAUGUUGUCAUAUUUUAAUUAUUAUUACUCCUUUAUAUACUAUGUAUUAGGAUUUUCUCACAUCAUCUAUAUCGAUAUACUACCUCGGUCCCUCUUAUUCAAAAACAAGUUCCACCUUUCCUCUUCGAGCAGUUCCAAAAUUAAGUUCCACUUUCAACCCUUUUCUUAUUUGGCAAAUUAUCUACAUCAAAACAGUUCCAAACAGUGUCAAACAGUGCCAAACAGUGCACUCGACAGUAAAGUCAAAUUUCUUUUCUUAAUAUGUGUGAAGUCAAAUGUGAAACUUGUUUUUGAAUCGGAGGGAGUAUAUUCUUUAAAGGCAAAAUCGCACUUUUAAUCCCUGUAAUAGUCACCAUAUUGAAAUGUUAGACCCGAAUUGCCAAGUUUGUAAAUG